AUGAAGUAUAGACAUAUAUAUGGUGGUUUGCUAUCAGGAUCAAGAUUCCCAGGAGCUAAAGACAUCGAGAUUCGCAAUGUUUUCAUCCAAGUACAAGAAACUCCAAAUCCAGCUACCCUGAAAUUUAAUCCUGGUAGAGCAGUUUUGGGGAAGGGUAAAGGGACAUUGGAUUUCUUUAACUUUUCGUCUGCAAAAAAAAGUCCGUUGGCAAUGAAAUUAUUUCGGAUUGAUGGAGUGAAAAGCAUUUUAUUUGGUAGCGAUUAUAUUACUAUAACAAAAAAAGAUGAAAGUGAUGAAUGGGCAGUACUUAAGCCCGAAAUUUUCGCGAUACUUAUGGAUUAUUUUCAAUCUGAAAAACCGAUUGUAAAUGAAGGUGAAAUACCGGAAAAUCCUAAAGAUACAGAAAUACAACCCGAAGAUAGUGAUACGGUAGCAAUGAUUAAGGAACUUCUUGAAUGUCGUGUUAAGCCAAUGGUACAAGAAGAUGGAGGCGACGUUGUUUUCAAGGGUUAUUAUGAUGGUGUGGUUCAUCUUAAGAUGCAGGGGUCAUGUACAGGAUGCCCAAGUUCAUCUGUAACUCUUCAGUCUGGGAUCAAAAACAUGUUACAGUUUUAUGUACCGGAGAUAAGAGAUGUUGUGGAAGUAAAAGAUGAAGUUGCUGAUAGUAUUGAAAAAUCCGCUUUUGAUGAUUUGUUGAAUCAAAUCAAAGUAAAAGAAAAUCCAAACAAACCGAAGUGCGAAUAA